AUGGCAGCGAGUGCCGGCUUCAGUUCUCUCCGUUGGAGUUACUUACACCAUGCCAACUUAUGUAUAUUGGUCCUGCUGAGUUUUUCUGCUGUCAACGCGUAUAUUGAAGGCUUGUAUUGUGGUAAUGAGAACUGCUACGACUUGUUGCAAACAACAAGAGAAUCAACAAAAAAUGAAAUUGUCAAAGCGUAUCGUAAACUUGCACGGAAAUGGCAUCCGGACAGGUUCAAAACAGAGGAAGAAAAAGCCACUGCAACUGUUAUGUUUCAAAAAAUAGCUAAUGCUUAUGAGAUUUUAAAAGAUGAGGAGCAAAGAAAUGAUUACAACUACAUGUUGGAUCACCCAGAGGAGUAUUACUCACAUUAUUUUUAUUAUUAUCGGAGAACAAUGGCACCCAAAGUGGAUGUUCGGAUUGUCAUUGCUGUGUCCAUUUCAGUCAUAUCAAUUAUUCAGUAUUUAAAUGCAUGGAACAAUUACAACACUGCCAUUUUACAUUUAUCUAAAGAGCCAAAAUAUCGGAUACGAGCCACAGAAAUAGCCAAAAGUGAGGGCCUGCUGAAUACAAAUCGAAGGAAAGACAGAAGAAAAAAAGAAGAAAUACGAGAAGAAGAAGAAGCCAUAAUUAGAAAAGUUGUUGAACAGAAAAUGGAUAUUCGUGGAGGCUUUAGUAAACCACAGAUCACAGAUGUCUUAUGGAUACAGUUGGUACUCAGCCCAUAUUAUCUGUUGCGAUACUUAGCCUGGUAUGUUCGAUGGAUAUGGAAAUUCACUAUUAAGGGUGAAGAGUAUGGUCGUGAAGAAAAAUUUCACUUAAUCAAGAAAUACAUGAAAUGUGGAAAGACCCAGUGGGAGGCAAUAGAUGAUUAUGAAAAAGAAAAUUAUUUGAACCAAUCAUUGUGGAUGAAAGAAAAUUUCCAGGUCUGGAAAACGAAACAGGAAGAAGAUCUAAAAGCAAAAUUAGCUGAAAGUGCACGAUAUAAAAGUUACAGGCGGUACAUGAAGAAAGGGGGAGCAGGACAAAUUAUGUUUGGACCUGAAUGA